UUUUUGUCCCGUCUCUUUCUUUUUCUUUUUCUUUUCUUUUUUCUUUCUCGUUCUUCUCUUUUCUUCAUCAUUGGUCUUUUUUUUCGUUCUUCAAAUAAAGGCAGCCAAGAAGAGCCUCUUAAAACAGCAUCAUGGAUAUCAGUACCGACAAUGAUUGUCCGAGAUUUCGCCCCUUUGCUUCCCCUAAUCGCCUCAUCAAGGUCAAAAAAGCUAAAUACUCCACCUCGCUGGAUCCGCGAGGCUACAUUCCUGUCUACGAAUAUACCAUCAAUGGCCAGCCUAUCAUGUGGGAUCGUGAAUCGGGGUACGUUCAUUUCACCGGCAUUUGGAAAUCGCUGGGUAAUUCCAAGGCGGAUAUUGUGAAAAUGGUGGAUUCCAAUCCCGAGUUGAAAGUAAAAAAGAUCCGUGGUGGGUUUUUAAAAAUCCAAGGCACAUGGAUUCCCUACGAAUAUGCGCAUAUCCUCUGUAAACGAACGGCGUGGAAUGUACGCAAAGAUUUGGUGGCUAUGUUCGGCCCUCGAUUCGCUACUGAGGCAUUGGAUCCUUCCCAUCCCGAAUAUGGCUGUCUCCUCCUCGAUCCAAAGAACGCACAGUACCACAAAGGCUCCAUGACCCAACGGCGACACUCAUAUACAACUAUGCGUCAAGCUAAUCAUCCAUAUAAACGUGAAUACGUUCGUCGCACCUCACGUGAAAAACCCAUGCGUCAACAGAAACGACCCUUAUCAAGCAUGUCGCUGUCAAGACUCCUAAAUCAGCCACCCUCCUCCACAGACGAUACCAACAGCCUGUCACCCCAAGACGGCGAUGAUCAGUCCUUUUUAUCCGACGAAGGUGAUGAUCAAUUCAUUUCUCCCGAUGCUUUCACCGAGUCUCCCAAUACCACCCCAUCCCCUACCUUUCGAAUUAUUCCCAGUUUCUCACAUAUCGAAACUUCCUGGAAUUCAUCCAAACGCAAACAACACCAGCAACAACUACAGCAGCAGCACCAACACCAACAACAACAGCAGCAACAGCAGCAGUCGGGUCAAGGAUCGUUUCGAUCCUAUGGACAAACCCAGCUUCAUCCCGCACCGCAAUCACCACCUUCACAGCCACAGGAGCCACAACAGAAGCAGCAACGAUCGGGACCACUUCUUCCACCUAUUUACAAUUUGACCUUUGCUUCUUGUCCAGCCUCACGCCGGAUUUCGGAACCGCGAAUUUUACCUGUCACCCCAUCUUCCUCGUCUUCGUCGUCUUCAUCACCUUUUGUUCCCUUGGAAGCCAUCCCUUCUACCCCGACUACACCGCAUGCUCAGGAUAUUAUUGAAACCAUCAAUGCCACCCUCUUACUACAACGACUUUCUCAGGAUGAUGGUGCACGACCGUUCCGCCCUAUGCAGUCAGACUAUGUUCCCAGUAAAGUAGUCAUUGGCGAUCAAGAAUUUCGCAUUUGCUGGGACGACUGAUAUAUUUAAUAUAUGAAUCCAAGAUUUUUUUCUCUCUCCACACAGGAAAACAAAAACAAAAAAUAUGAAUUUGAGACUAAACAAAAUAAGGUCUUUUCCCCCCUUUAUAACAUUUAUUAUCCCCAAUCCCAUCUAUUAUUGCGUUUCAUCCAUGAUCCCCAUCUAAAAAUUAUUUGCUUGUACAUAUAGUAUGAUUAAAGAUUCGUUUGGAUAAAAAAAAA